AUGAUCGCACUUGGGCUGGGACUCGGUCUUGGGCUUGGUUUAAGAUCAGUUCAUAAUCACGUCCACGUAUCGUCUAAAAAUGCAACAAACACAUCUACUUCAGACUCUCUGGCUACAAACGAGUUAUGGAGACUGCCUGCAUCGGAGUAUAUCCUGGACAUGGAAAGCUGGGACCUAAAUGCGGCUCCGACAACCCGGGUAUAUAACUUCACUAUAUCAGAGAUCGACGCUUUCCCAGAUGGUAUCCUGCGCAAGGUCUUGGUAAUCAAUGGACAGUAUCCGGCCCCUGUCAUUAGGGUCAACCGUGGUGAUCGGGUGCUCGUGAAUGUGACGAACGAAUUGACCAAUUCCACCACUCUGCACUGGCAUGGCCUAUUCCAGAAUGGAACCAACUGGAUGGAUGGUGUACCUGGCAUCACGCAAUGUGGGAUUUCCCCUGGCCGGAGCUUUCUGUAUAAUUUCACUGUUGAGGGCCAGUAUGGUACUUUUUGGUACCACUCACAUUCUGAUACACAACGAAUGGAUGGCCUUUUCGGACCGCUCAUUAUCCACGCCCCAGAAGAAGCCGAAUACCAAAAGCGAUAUGGGUACACGCAUGAUCAGAUUAUCAUUGUGCAAGAUUAUUACCAUAUGCUGAGUGCCGAAUAUUUGUCUGACUACCUGGCGUCAGGUAAUGAGAAUGCAGAGCCAGUGCCUGACAACGGGCUGCUCCAGGGCACAAACUAUUUCAACUGUUCCUCGUAUGAUACCGAUAGUACUAUGACAUGUUAUGAUAACUCUACACGGGCUCGGAUCUCAGUGGAGAAAGAUCACACAUAUCGGUUCCGCCUCAUUAACAUGGGAGGAUUUGCAACUUUUCAGUUCACAAUUGACAACCACACUAUGACGGUGAUCGAGGGAGACUCCACAAUGGUAGAACCUUUGGAAGUGCAAACCCUUAAAAUCGCGCCGGCGCAACGUUACUCAUUCUUGCUGGAAUCUAACAAAUCCGCAGCUAACUACUGGAUUCGAGCAGAGAUGAACACGGACUGCUUCGCGAGUCCUAAUUCGGUCCUGAACUCUACUACGUUUGGCAUUCUAGCUUAUACUGAUAGCGACGCUCUUCCUGGCACAGACUCAGUCGGUUGGCCGAACAAUGUUGAUCCAUACUGCGAGGAUUUGAAUGCUACCCUUCUGGUCCCUUCAGAGGCACAGGUCGCGCCUGCUGCAGAUCAUUUUUUCGUUAUUCAGUUCUCGUUUGAGAUCGGUGACUAUGCUCUAGACCGUGCAUAUAUCAACGGGACGUCCUACACCAUGUCAGAAAUUCCAACCCUUAAUCGAGUGGUUCCCAAUCUCCGUGCCGGAAACGCGACUUACAAUGAGACGGGGCAGGCGCCAUCUUAUGGACUGGAAAACCAAUACAUUCUCGACAUCCCGACAAAUCAGGUUGUCGAUAUCCUUCUUCAAAACUUUGAUGAUGGUUCGCACCCCUUCCACCUGCAUGGAUAUGCUUUCUGGGUGAUGGCAAGCUCUCAGGAUCAAUAUUUUCCGUGGCACGAGUACGAUUCAAUCAACACAACUAAUCCAAUGCGCAGAGACACAGUGAUGGUCGACGCAUUCUCAUGGACACUCAUAAGGAUUCAAGCAGACAACCCUGGGAUGUGGGCAUUUCACUGCCACAUCGCUUGGCACGUAGCAGCUGGUCUGCUUAUGCAACUUCAAACCCGUGAUGAUUUGAUGAAAGACUGGACGAUACCAGAUGAUGUCCUGGAUUUGUGCGUGUCAUAG